UAAACUUCAUCAACCGAUUGAAGAGAUGACAAUACAAGGCAUGGUUUGUGCGGAAACUGGUGUUAGAAAUGCCAUAUCUUUCAGCAGUAUUAGUGGCGAUGCUACUGCCAUUGAUCAGCAAUACACUCGCCUAAAAGUUUUUGUAACUGAAGCGUCCGAACCAUUUAAAUGUGAAUUAACUUAUGUUCUAUUUCCUAUGUUUGUUCACCUCUAUUUAGAAUUGAUCAGCAAUGGGCAAAAGACUGCUGCUCAAAAGUUUCAUUCCCGACAUUCCGGUUUAUUUGCAAACGUUCAGAAUUAUAAGUUAAUUAUUUCGACUCUGUCGUCCAUUCAGACUAUGCAAGAUCUCUCUACGCAUCCCACCAUAAAAGAUUUUAGAGAGAAUAAACAUACUAUUUGUUUGUGCGAAGAUACACUGGAGUAUCUGAUGAGAUUUUUGAGAGAUACGGAUAAUAUCAUUCUUCUUCAAUUGUUUAAUCUUUAUAUUGAUGUAGAAGUGAAUCAUAGGGAUUACAACACUAAGCUUCAUCUCUACGACGAUCGUCAGUUAAAUGUAUCGCAGGUUUCUAAAGGAAAUCAAGAAGAGAAAGAGAGAGAGAAGCAAAAGCCUUGUGAAGCCGUAUUGUCUUUAAAGCAGGCUAUAAAGAGGGUCAGCGAAGAAAAACCUUGUUUACCAUCCAUUUGUUUAUACUCGUUUCACAAUGCUUUCCAAGGUUUGAGUAGUGUUGAUCUGUGGCCUGAAGGAUAUUUGCUGGCGGGCGGUUUUGAAGAUUCGAGUGUUAGGGUGUGGAGUCUGUCAUCGUCAUUAUUAAAAUAUAAAACCGGAAGUUUUAUUUCUAGAGUACCUCUUGCUUGUGAUGAAAGUGGUCCGGAACAAGAAACCAAAGAAAAUGAAGUAGUGGUGAUGAGAGGACAUGGUGGACCAGUUUACAGUCUUGGAUUUGCACCUCAGAGCAACGUUCUUUUAUCUUGUUCGGAAGAUACCACGGUGAGAGCGUGGAAUCUGUCGACGUUUACGAAUGUUUGCUUGUAUAGAGGACACGGCUAUCCUGUCUGGGAUAUAGACGUUGGUCCGUUGGAGAUUUAUUUUGCCACUGCGUCAAGAGAUCAUACGGCAAGAAUUUGGGUGUUAGAUAGAAAUUUUCCAUUGAGAAUAUUAGCAGGUCAUAAUUUAGAUGUAGAUGCAGUGAAAUUUCAUCCCAAUAAUACUUACCUAGCCACUGGAUCAAGUGAUAGAACUGUAAGGUUAUGGAGUAUCCAGGAAGGUAAAAUGGUCAGGCUUCUCACAGGACAUAGAGGAAGCAUAUUUACCCUUGCAUUUUCACCAAAUGGGCAAUUACUUGCAUCAGCUGGUGAAGAUAGAAGGAUCAAAGUUUGGGAUCUUGCAUCUGGAUCACAAAUCAAAGAAUUAAGAGGACACACGGAUACGGUAUACAGUCUCUGUUUUAACGGUGACAGUUCCUUGUUAGCAUCUGGUGGACUCGAGCAUACUGUACGUCUCUGGGAUGUGAGAACAUCUGUUAGUCAUAGCACUCACAGUUCAUCAUUAGGUGCAACAACUGAAAGUAGAACUUCACCCGAACUUUUAGCUAGUUUUCCAACAAAAUCUAAUUCUAUACAAAUGGUUCAAUAUACCAAACAUAAUCUUCUCAUGGCAGUUGGUAUGACAACACCAGGAAUAUCUAAAAUUAUUUUAUCUCCUGAAAGUGAAAUUUAUCCAUAUUGGAAAGAUAUGUCUAUUCCAGUAUAUCUCAGGAUUUAUUUGUAUAAUAUUACAAAUCCUAUAGAGAUAGAAAAUGGAAUUAUACCAAAACUGGAACAAGUAGGACCAUAUACUUUCAGAGAGGAACGACACAAAAUAAACAUUAAAUGGAAUAAUAAUGGAACAGUAUCUUACCAACAAAUCAAAAGGUGGUACUUUGAAACCAGUAUGAGUAAUGGUUCAUUAAGUGAUUCUGUAUUUACAUUAAAUGCUCCAAUGAUAACGAUGGAGCACGCCACUAAGAUGAAAAGCACUAAAAAUGAACAGGCCAUAUCUACGGUUGGGCGCUACCUAAGACGACGGCAAUACAGUGAUAACGAAGUUUUCAAGAAAAGCGAUUUUAAACUUCAUCAACCGAUUGAAGAGAUGACAAUACAAGGCAUGGUUUGUGCGGAAACUGGUGUUAGAAAUGCCAUAUCUUUCAGCAGUAUUAGUGGCGAUGCUACUGCCAUUGAUCAGCAAUACACUCGCCUAAAAGUUUUUGUAACUGAAGCGUCCGAACCAUUUAAAUGUGAAUUAACUUAUGUUCUAUUUCCUAUGUUUGUUCACCUCUAUUUAGAAUUGAUCAGCAAUGGGCAAAAGACUGCUGCUCAAAAGUUUCAUUCCCGACAUUCCGGUUUAUUUGCAAACGUUCAGAAUUAUAAGUUAAUUAUUUCGACUCUGUCGUCCAUUCAGACUAUGCAAGAUCUCUCUACGCAUCCCACCAUAAAAGAUUUUAGAGAGAAUAAACAUACUAUUUGUUUGUGCGAAGAUACACUGGAGUAUCUGAUGAGAUUUUUGAGAGAUACGGAUAAUAUCAUUCUUCUUCAAUUGUUUAAUCUUUAUAUUGAUGUAGAAGUGAAUCAUAGGGAUUACAACACUAAGCUUCAUCUCUACGACGAUCGUCAGUUAAAUGUAUCGCAGGUUUCUAAAGGAAAUCAAGAAGAGAAAGAGAGAGAGAAGCAAAAGCCUUGUGAAGCCGUAUUGUCUUUAAAGCAGGCUAUAAAGAGGGUCAGCGAAGAAAAACCUUGUUUACCAUCCAUUUGUUUAUACUCGUUUCACAAUGCUUUCCAAGGUUUGAGUAGUGUUGAUCUGUGGCCUGAAGGAUAUUUGCUGGCGGGCGGUUUUGAAGAUUCGAGUGUUAGGGUGUGGAGUCUGUCAUCGUCAUUAUUAAAAUAUAAAACCGGAAGUUUUAUUUCUAGAGUACCUCUUGCUUGUGAUGAAAGUGGUCCGGAACAAGAAACCAAAGAAAAUGAAGUAGUGGUGAUGAGAGGACAUGGUGGACCAGUUUACAGUCUUGGAUUUGCACCUCAGAGCAACGUUCUUUUAUCUUGUUCGGAAGAUACCACGGUGAGAGCGUGGAAUCUGUCGACGUUUACGAAUGUUUGCUUGUAUAGAGGACACGGCUAUCCUGUCUGGGAUAUAGACGUUGGUCCGUUGGAGAUUUAUUUUGCCACUGCGUCAAGAGAUCAUACGGCAAGAAUUUGGGUGUUAGAUAGAAAUUUUCCAUUGAGAAUAUUAGCAGGUCAUAAUUUAGAUGUAGAUGCAGUGAAAUUUCAUCCCAAUAAUACUUACCUAGCCACUGGAUCAAGUGAUAGAACUGUAAGGUUAUGGAGUAUCCAGGAAGGUAAAAUGGUCAGGCUUCUCACAGGACAUAGAGGAAGCAUAUUUACCCUUGCAUUUUCACCAAAUGGGCAAUUACUUGCAUCAGCUGGUGAAGAUAGAAGGAUCAAAGUUUGGGAUCUUGCAUCUGGAUCACAAAUCAAAGAAUUAAGAGGACACACGGAUACGGUAUACAGUCUCUGUUUUAACGGUGACAGUUCCUUGUUAGCAUCUGGUGGACUCGAGCAUACUGUACGUCUCUGGGAUGUGAGAACAUCUGUUAGUCAUAGCACUCACAGUUCAUCAUUAGGUGCAACAACUGAAAGUAGAACUUCACCCGAACUUUUAGCUAGUUUUCCAACAAAAUCUAAUUCUAUACAAAUGGUUCAAUAUACCAAACAUAAUCUUCUCAUGGCAGUUGGUAUGACAACACCAGGAAUAUCUUGAGAAUGGUAUGUUAGAAUUUGAUAUUGUAAUUGAAGAGAAAUGAUCUGUAAAUAUAAAAACUUUAAUUUUCAAUUGUAUGCAUAACAAAAGUUUCUAAAGUUUGUUGUAAAUUUUUA